GCGACAACAUGGCUGCCACCAUGCAUCACGAAGUAGCUUAUCUCGAACAAGAAUAUGAGUGGCUCCUGGAACAUGAGGUGCAUGAUGCAAUAGCUCAACUCACUGCCAUUCUGCAGGAUUGCUCAAAGCAUUUUCCAAUGGCAUUAUGUGGUGUUGAGUCCUCUAUCAAGCAGGACAAGUUUGUACUCAACAAUCAGCAGUCUGCAACAGAUGGCAUCAAGUGUGUAGUUUCUGUUAAUGGAGACCUUAUCACCCAGGCAGACAUUUCCUUGAGGAUCCAUCGUCAUUCCCUUCCUGUGAUCCACACUCAGGUAACACCUGAAGCUCCUUGGAAAUUGCAGCAAGUUCAAGAUGCUGGCAAUCACCUUCAAAUGGCCAUGCAGAGGCUAUCAGAUGUAGACAAGGAGUAUCGUUUCCAAACUGGAGAGGAGGUGUCUCGAAUGUUUUCCUCUGUGCUGGAUUGCUUACAAAGAGGCCGCUCCAGCCUCAUCAUUCCCAAGAAACGCACCAUUGAAGACCUCAUCAACAGCCGCAAUGUGAAAUCCCUGGUGCCCCAGCUGCCAGGGGAUGUGGCCAUCAGUUUCUACUUGCAGUCUCAUAAAUUGGUUCUGGCUGUAUACCACUUGACCCACAGUCAUGGAACAACUAAGUUUGAUGCCAUGCAGGCAGAAUGUUCUGUCCCAUGGCUUAAUGAAGUCCUCGUUCUCUUCACCAUUGCCCUGCAGCUCUGCCAACGGGUCAAAGAUAAAAUACAAGUUUUCUCUCAGUACAAGGACUUCAAUCCAGAUUCAAGGUCAGAGUCAGCCUGCUCACACCUGUGAAGAGUUUAUGCUGUUGAUAUUGAUUUCUCCAAGAGGGAAGUUGAUCACAGAUACACUUAUAGAAGAUUCGCCUAUGAGCCCAUCAGUCUUCCUAGCCCUGCCUUGACAAUGUCCGAGUUGUAGUGAUGUCAUGGUUUCUUCAAAUUCCCCCCUGUGAACUUGAACUAUCUGCAUAACAUAUUCCAGCUAAUUGAGCAUUUUUUAGACCCUUUUUAAAGCCUUUCCCUGUAGAACUAGUCAGACCCAUUGAAGACCCUCUUUUCAUACUAUAAGACUCUCAUAUGAAUUCUCUUAUAUAUCAUGAAACUCAUGUUUAGGAGAAAGAAUCUCAUGUCUUGAUACUUUAGAUCAUUUUUGUCUUCAGUAUGGACAGAUUAUUAUGCUCCUGACAUAUUUAAUUGAAUACUAGGCCUAUUAGUAUGUAGGGAGGACAGAAUCUCCAUAGACAUGUUGAGAUCGUAUUUGCAUAUUCUAUUAUGCAGUUUAACACCUGUGUGUCUACUUCCGUCAAUAAUCUCAUACUUGAUACAUACAUUGAAGUGCAUGCAGUAGAGUUUUGAUUACCUGUACAACCUCUCUCCUUAAGGCAAUCAUAAUGGGACUUUGUGCAAUUAACUGGCUUGCAGAUAUUGUUUACAAAAAGUUUUUCUCAUCCAAGCUCUAUUAAAUGGUAUCUUUCAUUGAGGGUUAAGUCCAUCAUGCAAAGCUAGCUGCCCUUCUGAUAUAUUUUUUCCUAGGCCUACAUACAGCCAAUAUUUUUGAAGUAGUUUAGUUAUCUGAGCAAAAUGAUAAUCAAAACCCAAUCUUGUCUGCAUGUCAGUUAGCCAACUUUCUAAUAAUGCAUAUUCACCCCCCAUUUCUUGAGUAGUUCUACAAAUCAAGUAGUAAACUCUGCACCACUUACAAACUUGAGAAUUAUCAUUUGAGUAUGAGUCAUCC